ACACCAAUCAAAUGAAGCAGAGUAGCGCCGCGGACGGUACCGAAUAGUGCUUGUCGAACACGCGACGUAAAUCGAUGUGAAAUAAAAUCAGCCAAAAUAUUUAUUUACAAACAUUUAUCAAUAAAAAAUUGCUCUCACGUGUUUUUUAUCAGCCGGCAAGGAAGGACCCACAGUAAUCGAGUUACGCCGUUGGAAGAUACUAAUUCUGUUUAAAGUUCUGCAAGCGAACGUGUUGAGCGGUUGCAGCAGCGUGGGGGUACCCACGCUGGUAUCAGACGCAACCCUGGGUGCAGACGUGGAGAUGGUGCAGGGGGAGGCGGGGGCCGAGGGGCUCAUCGCGCCCCGUCGCCUACCGAACCCCUGCCUCGAGAGCCCGCAGAGAAUGGAUCUACAUCGCGAACUUCUUUUCAACCAGAGGAUAGGCAAGAACGUGCUAAACCAGAAGAGCGAACUACAGAAAGCGCUGUCAAAACACAAAGAGAAGCAGAUUAUGAACCAAGUGAAGGAGCACAGAGAAACACCAGAAUUAGAAAGAGCCAUAGCGGAGCGAGCGAAGCGGCUGGAGCAAGCGGAGCAACCGCCACCGGCGGAGGAAGGCACCAACCCCACGCUGACGGAGGUGCGCGCGCGCCUGCGACAUGCCGCGCCCGCCUCGCCCGCCGCUUCCGCGCAUUGAGGAAACCUAUUUGUUCAAUGAUCUGCCCUUCCCUUCCUUCUUCAUAUUGUGAGUCAUCUUCAUCAUCUAACCCCUUAUUCAAGACUGUGCUGUUUUAAACUAAAUCUAAUUGGAGUUAUGGCUACGUGAUCUUAAUAGUUUCGAUUUCGGAUCCAUUGUUUCAAUGAACUUGAAUGGGUUCCAUUUGUAAAUUGAGCUCAAUAGACACUAUAGACAGUCUGAACUUCUUGAAACGUUUUGAAACAGAAUGAGAGAUUCAAAUGUCUAAUGAGGCUUAAGGUUGAAACAUUUGGUUAUAGAAGUCUAAGCUCCGAGUAUCACAUUAUCCAAUUCCUGUAUCCUAAACUUCAUGCAAGUAUACUCUUCGUGUAAUUGUAAUUACGAGAUCGAAACUUUGAAAUUACGUUUAUCGUGAACAAUUACUUGCUUACUAUAGUCGUAAGCAAGUAAUUGAUUCACAAUAAGUUGUAUCUUAUUAAGAUGGUCGUUCCAGUGAAAUAAUAUUCAUUCAUCAUUCACAAUUUCUACAGGAGAAUUAAUACUAUGAAUAUUUAUAUAUCUGGCUCAUGUCUAUCUCGGAUGUAUCUAUAAGUAUGCCUGUCAUCACAUCACUCGAAAUAAUAUCGAUAGAAUCUUACUUGAAUGAUGACGUAUAUAACAAAUUGAUAAGAAGAUCGUCGUAUUGAUGAGAUGUUUCGCAUGAUAAGAUACCUAGAGUAGUGUUAUUCCUUAUUCUACGCUAGAGAUUAAAUACUAAAAGUAUCUCCAUCAAAAAUAUUGAAUUAUGUGUAUUUGGAGAGUAUAUCUAAUAAAGGAUAUUAUUUACUAAAUAAAUAAUGUUUUAUGUGAGUCUGUGCUAAGUCAUCUUAUUAUGUUGUAGUAAGCGAAAGAACUACAAUUUGCACUCUACAUUGAACAUACAGAGCCAUCUUUAUCAAAGUUGUGGUACUAUUAUAGAGCCAUCUAUAUUUCAUCCAGUGAAUAAUUUUACCAUUUUAUGGUGUUGUGUAGCGGAAGGAAAAUCAAUUGAAAAAUGUUGAAUAUAAUUAUUAAAGAUAAUUUUGUGAGCAUUGAGCAAGUGUAGUGUGAAUGGUACGCUUUGUGUGCGGAGCUUGCGUGGUUAUCUUAUUUUACUUUGUAGAUAAGAAUUAUAAAUAAUUUUAUCAUCGAAAAAGAAUCCUUUAUUGUUUAAAUAAUGGUGUACUGUUUAAAAGUAUUAUGGGCGGUUCAUAUUAAUUAUUAUAAACCAGAUGGGUUUAAUAUUUGAAUAUUGUGUUCAACUCUUCUUACUUUGUGUGUGUUUUGUUACCAUUUCAAUAUUUCAUUUUCCUUGUAAUGGUAUCGUAUCGAACAACCAUUGACUGAGGAAUCGACUGCGAGGUGUAAUAAAUAAGGGUAAACGUCGACUUCAAGGGAGAGAUAACAUAUUUUUCUACACUUUUUAAAGUCACAAACAUUGUCGUAGUGUUCAUUUGUAAACAUUUACUGUUCUUGUUAAACUCUCGUAGAUAUCUGUCACACAUAGUUGGUUAGAAACUAUUCAAAUAAUAAAUUCUUACAUUAUUUUAUAACAAUAAUAUUAUAGAAGUAGAUAGAUGUUGACAAUUUUAGAUGUAUGACAUAGAGAUAUUAUAUUCAUAUGCGUAUUUAAAUGUUUCAAAUAACUUAUUGACAGAGUAGCGGUCUUAUGAAAAGUAGCGAAUGAUAUUGACCCAACCCAAAUAGCGAUAUAUUUACCCGAGUAUUUACCCUUCUUACAUUUGUAAAUGUUUAUUGGUAUAACCGCAGUGAUCAGAAACAAUGACAGCUAAGUAUGUGAUUUACCCUACGGUUUCAUGUAACGCACCAAUGUCAAGUUGACCAUACAUUUGAAUCGAAGUGUUCAAAAAGUGAUAGAUGAGAAAUAUUUUUGUAUAUUUUAUGUAUGUCUCUGUAGCUACAUGCAGUCUUUCAAAGUUUAAUAAUUAAUAUAAAAUAAUAUGCGGUAGGAUUCUUCUAUAGAUUGUCUAUGAUAGUUAUUAGCAGUGAUCGGGAUAGGUAGUGCCAUUUGGGGUCAAAUUCUAUUCUAUUCUAUUCUAAUAUUGUGGUUAUUACGGAUAUGAACACGAGUUUUUCGAGAUUGCGAGAUUACGUUACGUUAUAAUACUGUCUUCUUCUUAUAUUAAAUAAAAGUAAAGUGUUUGAGAUAUCAUAAGUACAGUCCUGCUAAUAUUAUAAAUGUAACAGUCUGUUGAUCCAGACAAAAGGUUCAGAGAAAAAUACAUAAAUAAAUAAUAGUAAACAAAAAAAAAACGAUACAAAGCAUACAAAUUAAUAAAACAAUUUACAAAAUUAAAGUUUUGAAUAUUGUGUUUCGUGAUUUAACAUUUGGGAGGCAUAUCUAUGUUAAAACAAAUCUCGGAAAUGGCACUACCUAUCACGAUCACUGGUUAUUAGGUAGAGUCGCCACCUACCAUUAUAAGCGAUGAUUGCUUAUUUGGUGCCAAUGAAGCGCGAGUUCCUCUCAUAAUAGCACCGUAGAAUCUCUGGAACUCAGUCGCUGCGCGGUGACAUCAUAUUGUAUUUAAAAUUAUAACUUGAUUGAAUACAACUACGCCUUCAGUUUCAUCUGUACAUUAACGAACCCAAUUUAUACUAUAAUUAAUAACUAAUUUCUCUCCAUUGUGCCUAUUCAAUGUUGUUAUUUACUUUCAGAGUAUUAGUUACUUAUGGUUGUAAAUUAGAAAUAAAUAGGAUGACGAUUCUCAAAAAACACCAAAAUUAUGUAAAUCAUUCCACUCGUUAUUCUUUCACUUUUCCUACUUUACUUUGUACUUGAUAUUUAUGUUAAGUUAUUGUUAAUUUAUGGUAUUUAGUACAAAGUGGCUCCUUCAUGAUCGAAGGCAUUAAGUAUUACGCUUCAGCUUAUGAAGCUGUCAGUAUCGUGGCCAUUUAUGUUCGAUAUUACGUGGAUAACAUAGUUUUAAGUAAUUACUCUUUGUAAUAAAAGUUUGACGAAAAAAACUGUAUCGGAAAUCAAUAUUUGCAUAGACAAAUAAAAGUGUUUUAGCAA